UCAAUUACCUCUUGUCUAUGGAAGGCACAGACAAAUCCACCUGUUCUCUCUUAUUUUUCUUAAAAUUGCCAGAACUCACCACACGGCGAAUAUAUAUCCGCAGACUGCGUGCAUCACGAUGAAAAUAUUUCAUGAGUGGCUCCCAUUGGUCAACAACAGUCGCUGCAAAGUCGACCAGGAUAAUGACUUGUCAGCGUCGCGCGUAGUCUUCGCGCGGGUGCUCUACGUUUCACUUCUAACGCUGAUACACAUUGGGAUCCGCAUUAGCAGCAAAGACAUCCCGUUGUCUUUCCGCUUCUCCGAGAGUGUUUAUCGUUCACGCGUACUUAUUCGAUGCAAUAUCUCGGUUAGACGAAUAGGAGGAGAGGCAAGCACUAUGAUGCGAAGAAGCACGCUUAAUCGCACGUUGAAAUAUAUGUUUAUUCUGUUCGGUAUUUGGCCGGAUAUGUCAUGCGUUCUGGUCUGCAGAAUAUUUUGGGUCGUCUCAUUAGGACUUGUCGAGUACUGUCAUUACCACUACUUUCUGACGCACAUAUACACCGCCGAGCUUCUCGAUCUGGUGGACUGCUUGUGCAGCUUUUUGGCGUAUGGCAAAGUGUUAAUUAAGUUUAUCCUGUUUUGGUUGAAACAGCGAAAUUUCAUCGAAAUUUUGUCGAUGAUGUCGGACGAUUGGGACGAGUGCGCCAAGAGCGAUAGCGGAUUUCACGAAGCGGAGUGCAAGGCGAAAACAUCGGAUCGUAUCAUGAACUCAAUAGUCAUGCUUCACACGAUGACGAUCAUCGGGUAUUGCAGCGGCAUUGUCCUAAACGACGUCGACAUCACAGAUCGCACGACGGAGCUGCCCUAUGUCGACAAGUUGGACAUCCCCUUCAACGUAAACACGCAACUCACAUACAGAUCGAUAUUAAUCGUCGAAUUCUUGUUCGUAAUUAUGUGCGCCUGGGCAGCCGGCGUGACGAACGCAUUGCUAUUGAGUCUGACAUUACACGUCGCCGGUCAGAUGGACAUUCUACGUAAAUGUUUCACACAACUUGUACCUCGCGCAAAUGAGGACAAAUACCAAUCGAUCGUCACACUGAACCAGAUCAUAAAAAAGCAUCAGAAAAUCAUCAACUUUUCGAAAAGUAUCGAGAAUCUUUACACACAAAUCGCUUUCCUGCAGUUCGCGUCAAACAUGAUAAUGAUUUGCUCGUUGGGCUUCCUUAUCGUAACGGCGAUUGGCAGCCCCAAUGCGGUAGAGCAGAUAAUGCGAUCUCUUUUGUUCUACACUAUAACAAAUCUCGAAGCAUUUAUAUUUUGUUUCGCCGGGGAAUAUCUGAGCAACAAGAGUAAACUGAUCGGCAUCGCGGCGUAUAACACCGAGUGGUACGAUUUAAAACCCAAAGACGGCCGUAUUCUGUUGUUUAUUAUACUGCGAUCGCAGAAACAAUUGACGCUCACAGCUGGGAAGAUAACAGAACUCUCCUUACAGUCCUUCGCGAGCAUAAUGAAUGCUUCUGGGACGUACUUGUCCGUAUUGUUGGCGAUGAAAUGAAAAGUGAGAUUGGGAUGACCAUUUUUUUAUAAAUUAUAGUAGUGAAACACCGAGUUAAUAGUAAAUCACUAGUUAUAGAAUCGCACAUUUUAUAACAAACAUACCCUUUUUCAAAAAUACACACAAAAUACGACGCAACCAUCCAAGUUGUUCUUCCUGAAACACAUUGAAACGCGUCUCGCUCUCCAUACCCAACACAAAUAAUCACAUGAAUACUGUCUCGAUGCGAAUGACGAGACGACAAAGUCGCCGUAAAUAUAGGUUCAACGCGAAUAAUAAUGAAUCAUACUUUAGAAUCUUUUGCAAGUAUCAGGUUUACGUUAAACCAUAUAAUAAACUUAAAACAAUUGUUUUAAUAGAACUCCGCGCAACACACUCGAGAUUAGUGGCCUCUUAUUAUUUACGUCGCGUGAUAAAAUUAGUUAAUUUCUGUUCUCGGUUUAUUCGUG